AUGAGUGGAAACAACAGAGGCAACGAUGGCAAGUCUCAGCUCAACAGCAAGAAAACACGACUCUACAACAGUCGAACCAUAAAAGUGCAAAACAGCGACCCGGCAUUCGACAAACAAGACACGAAACUCCAAGUGCCGGACUUUAUCCAGGCGCGCAAAUACGAAAUCGAUGCAUUUGAACAGUCUCAGCUAAAGAGCAAGAGUGCGUUAUCGACGCGAUGCUUCCAGAGCUUGCCCCGGGUGAUGCGGAGACGAGCCGCGUCGCAUAACGUCAAGCGUAUGCCCAAGAGACUACGCAACAAGGCCAUUCGCGAAAUGAAUGGCGCUGUCCCGCCUGCGAAACGCAAAAGUCGUGGACGACGGCUUUACAAGUGGAUGCAGACGCAGCGGAUCCUCAAGGCGGCUUCAAAGUUGAGACAGGAUAGAUAUGAAGUUGACCCAGCUGUCAAAUCAGCUAAUGUGCGAGCCAUGUUUAAAAAAUUGGCGAAGGGUAUACCUGAUGAUGAUGAUUUCCAGGGGAAAAUGUGCAGAAGAAUUGAAAACACGACCGGUGCGGUGGAUCGGACUGGCGUGGGUAAGCUUCAUCCUGCGCCACCGGCGGCAAGUCUCAAGUUUCGCCAUCGGCAGCGGGAGUUUGUAUGGUUACCGACUCACGUGUGGCAUGCCAAGAGGUUCAAAAUGAGCAAAGUUUCCGGGUUUCAAAUUCCAUUGACGCCCACGCAAAAGUGUUUCAAGCUUAUGAGUCGCCAGAAUCGCUAUAGAGCUGUGUGUUUCGACACCUCGUAUUAUGGGACCUUGACGAUUGAGUGCGGAUCCUUGUCAAGUGCGACUUUUCUCAUGCUGGUUUUGCUGGAGUUGACUGGCAAAAGCAAGUUUCCCAAGUUGGUGUUGGAAGGACGCAAGUCGUUUGUGGGGAUGCUACGCUGGACUCCGUCUGUUUCCUCUUCAGAUAAAGGUAAAGGGGAAGGGGAACAGCAAUUUGCACCUGGUGUUGUGUACAUGAAUAUUCAAGAGAAUUAUGCGCUCAUUCGAGUUCCAGUUAGUGUCUACGUCGACUUGUUUCGUCAUUUGCAGCUGGUGGUGGAACGCGCUAACAAUGGCGAUGGCGAUAGCAAUGACAAAAGAGUUCAGCUUUCCGAUUGUCGCAAUUCAAUCGGAAGUAUAACACUUUCCGGACCAAGCAGUCUUCGAUGUUUGAGCAGAGUCUUCCAUUUCAAGGAUACAUUGACGCAAGAAUUGAAAUCCACCUGGGCCUCGCUCGCUUCGUUGCGAGACAAUUCAAUUAUCCCCGUGGGAACGACUUUGAGUUUCAAGAUAUACGACCCGCGUCUUUGGAACCGCCCAUCAAAGUUUCCCAUUAGAAACAACAAUGACGUUUUCGACACCAUCAUCAGUAUGAACUCCAAUCCACCAGUUGACAAGGAAUCUGCCACCAGUUUGGUAAAGUGUGACUUGCGCAAAAAAUCGUUGGUUGAUCAACUCAGCGUGAAAGAUUUGGGGAAAAUCAAAAGCCACAACACCGCAUUUGAAAAAGUUCUGCAUAGUGAAAUACCCAUUAUUUUGGUAAAGACGGACUGUCAAGUAUGGACGGUAAUGUUACCGUGGUACUGGGUGCAACCGCUCUGGCUUCAACUAGUGAAGAUUCCAGAUCUCAAACCAGGUGGAAUGAAGCAACAUCACCAAUUUCAAUUUGAGCAAAUGAAACCGACUUUCCCGCAUGAUUUCCCCUGGAGUCGUGCCGGUUGGAUUUAUAACAAUGUCGCUGGUGACGUGGCCCAGACCAAAGACUCCAGCAAACCGAAAAGCCAAGUUUCGCUUCAAACCUCUGAAGAUCAAUUCUCGCAGGUCUUUUGCGCAUAUCGAGCUGACUGGUUCACAUUGAGAAACAUGCUUUUAGUGCUUAAGCGGAGACAAACGUUGUUGUCUAGCGAGGGCAAGAUCGACAACUGCGAGGAUGAUCCCGAAAGGAGAUUGGAAUCAAUAAACGACGUCUUGACGAUGGUAAAGUUUUUGCACAAGGAGAAAGCGUUGGAGCCUGAUCGCAUUCCAAUUCGCGCAUUUGAUGAGUCCAACGUCGAAGAUGACAAAUACUACAAUGACACUUAUACAAUCGACAAUAUGCCAAAAAUUGUCUAUACCGAAAUACCAAUCAUCCCAGUCACUUUGACGAUUGCAAAGGACGGCGUCAUCCAGGAAAAUGCAAGAAUAUACUCUGCUCCGGACUGCUUGGACCAGUUUGUUGUCGGGUUUGUCACUACCGGCGGCAUGAACUUGGUUGUGGGGAAGUGCACUGGUAUCGGGGCCAUUGUUGCGCUGAAAUUGCUCGAAGGGGAAAAAUUGUUGUACGUGAGAAACCCUGGUAAGUCGAGUAUGUAUGCAUGUAGCUACCAACGUAUAGAAAAUUGA